UUCUUCUUUGUCGCAAGGGAGACCCAUCAAGCCACGAUGUCAUUAAAGAAAAUUAUAAUGAAAAGUUCCACUCGGAUGUCUCUUCAUGAACGCUUCACAUUCCUACGUAGCCAGAGUGCUACAGAACCGUCAGGGUCGGUGCACGUUGCGUCUGUCAGGCAAGGAUUGUUCAGUGAUCAACAAUCGUCUCUCAAGAACCGACGACUGGCACAGAUGAUGGACCGUCGGCCAACUGUUGUGGCUGCUCUCAAGCUCAAGAAGCGUAUCCUGAGACAGCAGCGCAUAGGACAGAUGCCAGGAGCCCGGGUCGGCCUCAGUGUCAAGGACAGACUGAGCCUCAGAGGUCGUGGGGGUCUUAGAGGCAGAGUGGGACCGAGGAACUCCACUGGUCGCUCUCCUCUGGUGCGGCUCGGGACUCGCGGCGGUAGAGGCAAUAUGAGCCGCAGUCAGAGUAUGACAAACUUGUCUCGCAGCCAGAGUGUGCAGUCUCUGAGUGGGAGACACAACAACAUGAUUUCCCGUGGUAGAGGGGGUGUCAGGUUUCAAAACAGAAACACUUACACCAGGAGGCCAGACUACUGGAGAAGUCCCAGCGGCGGGGGAGGCCGUGGCAGAGGUCUUAGAGCUAGAGGUGGUGGCUUCAACAGAAACCGAGAUGACUUCAGAACUCAAAGAGGUCGAGGGCGAUUCAACACCCGCAGUCAAAGGUCUAGAGGGUUCAGGGGUCGUGGAGGUCAAGGUCGUGGAGGUCGAGGCCCCCCACCUACCAGAGAAGAGCUUGACAGUCAGUUGGAUCAGUACAUGGCCAGUUCCCGCGGAGUUCUAGAUCAGGACCUUGACUCAUACAUGACUGGUCAGCAGGAGGAAUCAUGGGACUAAUCACAUUUUACAUUUUUGAGAAAACGUAAGAUAUUGUUACGAAUUUAUGACUUAAGUAUUUUGUACAGUAGUGUCGUGUUGUAGUUUUUAUUUUUAUUUAAAUAUAAGAAAGAUUGUAAAUAAAGCUGUUCCGUGUGAAAA